UUUUUUUUGUUUGCAUUUCUUCCUUUGUUAAAAACAAAUAGAUACUGUAAAGGUAUUGGUAUAUCCGAUCUGACAGAGGAAAGAUGGCGGCUGCGAGUUUGGGGUGUAGGAUCACGGGCGUCAUUCAUUUUGUAAUAUUUUCUUGGUAUAUUUUCACGGUGUGGCACAACCUUUCGAUCACAGCCUCGGGGAGGCAUCCUGGGACGCAGUCAUACGGCGGUAGAUGGAAGUAUCUCACGUUUCUUGAUCUGCUCCUGCAAACAGUGUUCUUUGGUCUCUGCUUCCUGACUGAUGUGACUCGUCUCUUCUUUCCAAAAUUGGGCUGCGGGGGGCCCUCGUCUUUCCUCACCGAUUUGCGGGACACCAUCCUGGCAGUGCUGGCAUUCCCAGUGGGAUCUUUUGUGGUCCUGUCCUUCUGGCUGCUCUACGUGUAUGACCGGGAGCUGGUCUAUCCCAAACUCCUUGACGACAUCAUCCCGCAGUGGCUAAAUCAUGCCAUGCACACUGUAAUCCUGCCCUUGCUCCUUGUAGAGCUCUGUAUCAUACCUCAUCGCUUCCCUAGCCGGAGGAAAGGCAUUGUGGGACUGACCUUGUUUACUGGACUCUAUCUGGCCUGGGUAUUUUGGAUUCACCACGUCUCUGGAGUCUGGGUGUAUCCCAUCCUCGGAUUCCUAAGCCCAUUGGGACUGGCUGUCUUCCUGGCAGCCGCCUCCCUAAGCAUGGUUCCCCUGUACUUCCUGGGAGAGAAACUCAACAGGCUGCUAUGGGGAGAGCUGAAGAAGAAGAAAAAGAAGUAAGGCUGUUUCUUUGUCCCAGAGAGCUGCUGGUUUCAGAAGAAUGACUUCAAGCUGCACUGAUCCUGUGCCGGGAACUGAAGCUCACUGGCUAACAAUCGUUGCAUGAACUGAGGAAGAGAACAUGGAUUCUAACUGUCGGCACAACUGCAAUUAAUAACAGAACGACCACCACCUGAUGAAUAGGGUGCGUUCAAAACACUUUUUACAACAAGUUCAAAACCCUAAAAAUGAUUGGUUUUAAUUAUUGUUAAUCAAGCAAUCUUUAUUUUAUAUAGCACCUUUCAUAGUGGACCUCCAUCACAAAGCGCUUUUCAAGAUGCAGUAAAAACAAGCAAAUCCAUAAUACUUCAUAUACAGAAAAAUGUAUCAUACAUGAUGUAGCGGCAGCUAAUAGCAGAUAUCAGGCUUAGAGCAUGGAAAGCAAGAGAGAAAGAUGGGACCAUUUUAAUAUCAGCUAGAUUUAUUUCAGGCCCAGUGGGAUGUAUUGCAUUGUGAUAUGAAGGGAUUUAUGUGGGGGGAGCACCUUCCAGCAGAUGCAAAAGCACACGUUUGUUUUAUUUUAUUGUUUUACCUUGGGUAGGGUAGUCCUGGAUUAGUGCUAAUCAGGGUCUGUGACGUCAGUCCCUGCCUAUCCCUCUUUUCUUGAAUUGUCUACCACUUGUGUAUAUCGAAAGGAAAAAGAAUGAGAUUCUUGGUCAUUGUCACUUGUUUUGCAUGUGUUCUACCCUCCCAGGUUGUGAUCUAGACAUCUGUAAAGUGCCCUGCAUAUGAAAUAUAAUUGAAGAAUAAUGUAAUUUAAAAUAAAACACUGUGAUAUUGUUUA